AAUCUCAUGCUGUUUCAUUCUUUGUGUGAUAAGCCUCUUUUGUCCAUCUGGGUGUUGAAAUUUUUCAUCAAACAGCUUUGUUUUUCUUUUGUUUUCACUCUUUGAUUGUUGUGAGGGACAACUUGGUCAUUAAUGGUUCCUUUAGCUUUCCGCAAAGAAACUAGUAUCUAUCCUCUGCGUUGAGAUUCUGAUUCCUUGUGUUUGCAAUAGAUGGCAAUACCUUUUUCCUUCACCAGUAUGGUUAACUUUCCUUGCUGAUUGGUUCGUGUUAAAAAAUCAUGAAAAUUCUUACCCAUUUUUCCUGCUUUUUAUGUUUAUGGCUUUACAAUCAUGUUCUCUUUAUUUUUUUUUGUGUGUCUGGUUGUGUUAUACUGUGAUGGUUUCAGAUGAUUUCUUUCUGAUCAAAAUAUGUCAAAUUUCGCCACCUUUGUUUAUGAUCUUAAGUCUUAACUAAUUUUCUCUGUUCACAAGUUUAAUUUAAUGCUUGAAUCUAUUUUGGGGAGAAACUUUUGUGAGUAACUUCUGGAUUUCAAAAUUGAUUUUGAUAAUAUGAUCCAAACAUUCUAUGCAUUCCCUGUGAACUUCUGUUCUCCAUAACUAGAUGGAGGUAUGGGAUUGAACUUUGGACUCUGUUUCCAGAAUAGUCCACUAUUUUCCAUUAUUCAUUAAUGAUUGAGUCUUGUCUCUCACAGCAGAUCUGAAAAGAAAUUUCAUUGCUAUUUCCUCAAAAUUGAUUUCGUGAUUGGUGUGCUUUUAGAUAUCAGAAACUGCUUUACAUGGUCAGCAUGAUGCAUAUAAUUAAAUAUACAUGGUCUGUAUGGUACAUAAUUGAAUAGGUAGAUGAAUUCUACCGAUAAAUUUUAUUUUAAUCUGUCAAACAAAGAUGAUUUUUAUCAUACAGCUGGCCCAUUUAAUGUCUGCCACUGUAAUGGUCAAUUUUUUCUGAAAACACAAAUGGUUGUGGACUCUGUAGUCUUUACUGAAAACACUUUUUCAGAGCGACCAAAACAAAAAUUGUGAAUUUAUUUCUAACUAUCCUGAAGAAUUAAAACCUUAGAGGAAUGAUUGGAGAGUUUGGUAUACUUAGUGGAUGUUUGAAUACAUGUUACAAUGAGUCAAAAUCAGGAUGGAUAUAUGUAAUUUUCUUUAAUUUAAUUAUGGUUUUCAACCAUGUAUUCAACAAUUAGUGAAUAACUUUGAAAUAUGAUUUUAUCUCUUUCUAAACAAUUAUUAUUAUAAAAAAAAUAUUUGAUGGUUAGGAGUGGUUAGAAGUGGUUAGAAGUUAUACCACAACUUGGACUUAUCACCUAUAGCCAAACUCCGACCCCACCCAAACCAACCAUUUGAGCCAUGCUUAUCCAACUCAACAUAAUUUUUUAUAAAGAUCCUUAACUUUCAAGGUCAAUUAAUGCCCUAUAUAGAAGUUGGUUUCCAAAUUUCUGUAUAUGUAUUUUUGUAUAUGUUGUUGGUACUAUGAUAUUAUCAUGUAAACCUUAUGAUUUGAUGCUAAGAUUUUGGAGUUUGUCAACCAUAAAGAAAAUAGUCAUUCCAUUGCUCUAUGGAGGUUCAGGUACCACUACCAGAAGGAGAAAAUUCUGUAACAUACCAAACAAUGGCCUUAGAUGCAUACUUGGAGGAGACUAUGUCUCAAAUUGAUUCCUUUGAAGAUAGACCAUCUUUGGAAAAAUGGAAAUCCUCCACUGAUUUCAUUGCAGAGUCUGAUAGAACUUCCUCUGGUGGCUUUGACUGCAACAUCUGCCUAGACUGUGUUCAAGAUCCAGUGGUCACUCUCUGUGGCCAUCUUUACUGCUGGCCCUGCAUUUACAAAUGGCUUAAUUCGAAUAGCGCUUCUUCAGAAAACGUGGAGCAGAAUAAGCCACAAUGUCCAGUGUGCAAAUCAGAAGUUUCUCAAUCCUCACUAGUUCCAUUGUAUGGCCGUGGCCAAACCACAAUAGCUUCUAAAAACAAGGCUUAUCAACAAGUUGGGAGUGUCAUCCCAAGAAGACCCUUGGGUCCCAUAUUGUAUAAUGCUACAUCAACUGCUUCCGAACCAACUUUUCAAAGUAACCAGCAUUUCCAUGAUCCUUAUCAUCGUCAUCAUCAUCAUCAUCAUCAUCAAAUGUUCAACUCAAUUCCAAGCAGUUAUAGUACCUCACCAAUGUUUAGCACAAGUGGUUCACUUGAUAACACGUUUGGGAUCUUUGGUGAGAUGAUGUAUGCAACGGUGUUUGGGAACCAGGUGUCAAACAUGUACUCGUAUAACCAACCAGGGAGCAGUAAUCCGAGGAUUAGAAGGCAUCUAAUGAGGGUUGAUAAAUCACUCAGCAGGAUCUGUUUUUUCCUCUUCUGCUGCAUGGUGUUGUGUCUUCUCUUGUUCUGACUGCUACUGUUUCAUUUAGUAAUAGGAGGUCAUUGUAUAAUGUACAUUAGGUGUACUGAUACAUGUAUUCUAGCCAGGGAAGUUGCAGAUGAUUGCUGAGAUAUGUGUAAUUACCGGCCUCGGUUUGAGCUUAUUUGAAGUAGUGUUUGUGCAUAAGUUAA